UUUACCGACAAUGUUUGAUUUGAGGACUGACCCGUUACGGAUAAAACUGUAGAGGACAGUUGGUGGGAAAUUUGGAUGGCGGAAAGAUCCCCGAGCGAAGAGCGACAUCAAUAAUUUACAAUAUAAUUUACAGACCAUGAACUAUGUGGGUCAGUUGGCGGGCCAGGUCUUCGUGCAGGUCAAGGAGCUGUACAAGGGACUCAACCCUGCAACACUGUCUGGAUGUAUAGACGUCAUCGUGGUCAGGCAGCCCGAUGGCUCCCUGCAGUGCUCCCCCUUCCACGUCCGCUUCGGAAAGAUGGGUGUGCUGCGGUCCCGUGAGAAAGUGGUGGACAUAGAGAUUAAUGGAGAGCCAGUGAGUUUGCACAUGAAGCUGGGAGAGAAUGGAGAGGCCUUCUUUGUCGAAGAGACUGAGAACACACGGGAAAUAGUUCCAUCCUACCUUGCAACGUCACCCAUCAUGUCAAUUGGGGAGCAGUUAAUGGAGUCCCAGUUGGGCAGGGGCAGUUCUCGUCACCAUGACGCCAUCCCCUGCAGCUCACUUCCUGUCCAGACUCUGGGACCGCAGCAGAGUGAUGGUGGGACAACAAAGAAGAGGAGGAAAAGGAGGAGGAAGGCACGGCCAGAGGAAGGCAGUGGUGGAGGGAGGAGAGAGGAGAGAGGGGAAGAAUUCUCAGAGGACGAGGACAUGUUUACUAUUGACUUGAGCUCGGAUGAGGAGAGAGAGGUUGACGGCAGCAGGUCUGUGUAUGGUGAUCAGGGGUCUACAGCUAACACGCGCACACACCCCAGCACUGAUUGGAUCCGUUCACAGAGUAAUGUGAUUAAGGAGACUCUCUCCAUACCUCCACUCUGUGGACUGUCCAUCUCUUGUCCUCAGCAGACCUCUCACCUCUCUUCCCCUGUUAGCAGCCCCAACGAUUCAAGGCCAUCAACACCUAAGAGUGACUCAGAGCUAACCACUCAGAACAAAGACAAUCCUGAGAUGCUGUGGACCUGGGGGGAGCUGCCACAGGCUGCCCUGCCAUCCUUCCUGACUUCCCACCAGAAGCAGGAACCUGCCACAGCAGUCUCCAUCCCGGUGUCUGCCAGCACUCACUUCAGAGCCAUCAGGGACACUGGACCCCCCUCCCACACUCACUAUGCUCCCCAGCCGGUGCAAGUCGCUGCUGAUGGUGGGGACAAGGACAAUGAAGAAAAGAAAAAUGAAGCUAGGGUCGGACUAACCACUGACACUGGGGACAGGGCUAGAGAUGAGCAAGGGAGAGAGGUGGAAAGGCCAUCGUUUGCAGAGAUGGACGGCUUAACAGCCUGCUCAGCAUCUCCCAGGAUUCUCCAUGAUCAUCUUGAUGAAGGCGGCAACAGAGGGAGUCCUAUCAGAAGAACUGAUUCACCAUCCAAGAAGAAAGAAAAGAGAAGUCAACACCUGGGUGCUGAUGGCAUAUACCUCGAUGACAUUACAGAGCUGGAGCCUGAAGUAGCUGCCCUUUACUUCCCUAAAAGUGAUGGAGGCAGUAGCUCAAUGAGGGGGGACUCAGAGAUGAUGAUGAUGGGAGUGCGGAGCGAUAAUCAGUCCCCACAGUCAGUGGGCAGCAGUGGGAUGGACAGUGGUGUAGACAGUUUGUCCGACCAAAUAGGGGACCUGCCUCAUGUUGCCAUCUCUUUGUGCGGUGGACUUACUGACAACAGGGAGAUCACUAGAGAGCAGUUCCAGGAGAGGGCAAUAUCCUACCAGCAGUUCUCUGAAAACCCUUCUAUGAUCGAUGACCCUAACCUGGUGGUCAAGAUAGGAAACAAGUACUACAACUGGAACACAGCAGCUCCUGUCAUGCUGGCUAUGCAGGUCUAUCAGAAACCACUUCCACAGGCCUCAAUGGAGAACAUCAUGAAGGAGAAGAUGCCAAAGAAAGGAGGACGCUGGUGGUUUUCAUGGAGGAGCAGGAACAGCGAGUCCAAAUCAGAAUCGGUGACAGAGGCAGGAGAAGACAGAGGAGAGAUGCCCUCAGUGAACAGGAUGAAGGAUGAGUCAUCCUCUAGUGAUGAGGAGAACAGAUCGCCCAAUCAGGCAUCAGGAUCCUGUCAGUCAGAGCCCCUCGUGAGUUCUGGCAGUGUCUGUUAUAAGAAGACUCUUCGGCUCACCCCAGAGCAACUGGCUAGCCUGCAGCUGAAGGAGGGUCCCAAUGAUGUAGUGUUCAGCGUGACCACUCAGUAUCAAGGCACCUGUCGCUGCCAUGGCACAAUCUAUCUUUGGAGCUGGGAUGACAAGAUAGUCAUCUCUGAUAUAGAUGGAACCAUCACCAGGUCAGAUACCCUGGGUCACAUCCUCCCCACACUGGGUAAAGACUGGACACAUCAGGGCAUCGCACGGCUCUACCACAAAGUCAGCCAGAAUGGAUAUAAGUUCAUGUACUGCUCGGCGAGGGCCAUUGGCAUGGCUGAUAUGACUCGAGGCUACCUGCACUGGGUCAAUGAGAGGGGAACCAUGCUGCCAAUUGGCCCGGUGCUGCUCAGCCCUAGCAGUCUUUUUUCUGCAUUGCACAGGGAGGUGAUUGAGAAGAAACCAGAGAAGUUUAAGGUCGAGUGUCUCACAGACAUAAAGCACCUUUUCUACCCAAACACUGAACCUUUCUACGCUGCUUUUGGCAACAGAGCUACGGAUGUGUAUUCCUAUAAGGAGGUGGGUGUUCCUCUGAACAGGAUUUUCACUGUCAAUCCCAAGGGGGAGCUGACACAGGAGCACGCUAAAACCAGUAUCUCCUCCUUUGGGGGUCUGUGCGAGGUGGUCGACCAUGUCUUCCCGGUCCUAGCUAGAGAUGAGGGAGCGGACUUCUCCUGCUCUGACACCUUUGGCCAAUGCAACUAUUGGAGCACACAACUUCCUGAUAGCACCAACCAGGAAGAAGAAGACCCACAGCCACUUGAGACAAGCUGAGUAAACCCCAUCAAAUCCAGCACUGAGGAUGUUACGUUCCAGCUUUUCGAACCAACCGCAGACAAAACGCUGUGGUCAGUGGUUUUGGUGAUUCAGCGCGAAGCUGGCUGCCCAGACUAAGAGUGAAGAUGCUGAUUAUUUUAGAAUCACAAACUUAUCCAAGAACUGUAUGGAUAUUUCCCGGACAUUAUACCUGAUAAAUUAAUGGAGCUCCGUGGCUCCUUCAAGGCUCAAAGACUUUACUUAAGAUCAGUAACUACGACUACUGAUUCAAAGUAGAUGAAUGUGUUUUCAAUAUCCCACACAAAGAAAUUAUUCAACAGUGAGAACACAAGCAGAUAACAGUCCAUUACAAAUAAGACAGCUGUGUCGGGGAAUAAAACUUAAAUUUUUUUUUUUUUUUUUUAUAAAAAGCGCAAAAAUCCCUGAUGAAUUUCAACAUCUGCUUAGGAGUGAUGCUAACUGAUGGUUCUGUCUUAGGAGUGCUCAACACAGGGUCAACGACUCACAUAUCAAGUGCAAUGACUCACACGCAAACACACACACAAAAGUAAGACUUGCAAAGGAACUCCAUAGACAAUGCACAACGCUGCAGAACACAAGGAUGAUAUACUUCACAGCAUUUUUGACUUGUUACAUUUCUCUACUUCAUCUCACACCACUCUUCAUUUAUACUGGUGGAUAGAAAAGAUCAGUAUUGGUUUAUGCCUACUUGUAUCCGCUGAUGCUGAUUAUUUUUCAGAAUUCUUUGCAAAAACUGUGUUUUAGUCUAUCUAAAAAUAAUGAACUGUCCAGAGUUGACCUAAGCCUUUUAGUGAAGUGCACUAAAAUGUAAGGUCUCACCAUGUAAAUUAAAUAACAAAUUAAUUAGCAGAAAUUCUGCUGUACCUCGCAGACAUUCAGUGCUAGCAGCUCUUGUCUGCACAACUGGCUUCCACAAUUAAAAUAAAAAUUUUAUGUAGUUUGGUUUUCAAAUCUCAAAUCAGCCAAAUCUUGUUUAGGAAAGAAUACUGGAUUUUUUACCCAUCACAUGCAAUAUAUUUACCAAAUAUAAGUAGAGCCUUGGUUGAAGUUUUACCUGUUACGAUGCUGCAAUAAUCUUUCGUGACCUUAAGUGCAGUAGAUACAGGACACCACUUUGCACCAGAAACACCACAUUACAUUACAGUCAAAUCAUCCAGAAUAUGCAAAAAUAGCACAGAUAGUGUAUCCAGUCAUCUUUUGUGCCAAACUCCUUUGAAGGUCAAGCUAAAUGUGUGUGGUCUUCUGACCGUACUACUGUGAAAGAUGUGGUUCUGCCAUAUUUUAGUGACAAGACUCAAGAUAAAUGCAGGAUAAUGCAAAUAACUUCUGUCUGUGUUCAUUCUGUCUGUUUUUAUAUGUGCAAAAAAAUGAACUCCAGUGAUAUGCUAGAAUGUAGUAUCUACAUCUCUCAGAGUGUUGUAUGUUGUUCUAAUGACUAAUGCUCAUCAAUGCAAUUACUGAAUAAGACCACACAGGACUUUGGUCAUAUUUUCAGUUUUCUAAGUUUGUUACUACACAGAUCAGUAGACACACACAUCUGUUUUUUUCAUUUAUUUUAAAUGUUUAUGUUUUCAUCCGUUGAUCAAAUAACAUCUACUCUACUGUACUGCAUUAAUGCAAGAUGAAAGCUUGUCUGUCUAUUUUUAACAGGUUUUAAUUAAAAAUCAUU